AUGCUUUCUUUUUUUUUUUUUUCUUUUAACAGCUGCCCCUUCCUUGCCAGUCACCUCACCUUGGCCAUCCCCAUCAUUGCAGCCAUCCUCUUCUUCUUUGUCAUCAGCUGCCUGCUCCAGACAAGCUUCAGAGACCCAGGUAUCCUGCCCAGAGCCACCCCAAGUGAGGCUGCAGACCUGGAAAAGCGAAUCGACAGCAUGGGCACCUCUACCUAUCGCCCACCAGCCCGCACGAUGGAAGUGGUCAUAAACAAGUAUGUGGUGAAACUCAAGUACUGCUACACCUGCAAAAUGUUCCGCCCUCCACGCACCUCUCACUGCAGCGUCUGCGACAACUGUGUCGAGAGGUUUGAUCAUCACUGCCCCUGGGUGGGCAACUGCGUGGGGAAGCGCAACUAUCGCUACUUCUAUGCCUUCAUCCUCUCCCUCUCCUUCCUGACAGCCUUCAUCUUUGCUUGCGUCGUCACCCACCUCACUCUGCGUUCUCAGAGAGAUGGAUUCCUCACCACUCUGAAGAUGACACCUGCCAGUGUGCUGGAGCUGGUGAUUUGUUUUUUCUCAGUCUGGUCUAUUUUGGGCCUCUCAGGUUUUCACACUUACUUAGUUGCCUCCAACCUGACGACGAAUGAAGAUAUCAAAGGGUCCUGGUCAAAUAAGAGGGGUUCAGAGUUUGCCAAUCCCUACAGCCAUAAAAGUAUCCUCACAAACUGCUGUGCGGUGCUGUGCGGACCAUUCCAUCCCAGUUUGAUAGACAGAAGAGGAUUUAUCCAGCCAGAUGUCGGGACCCCAUCCAGUCCGAAGAGCGAAAUCCCUUCCUUUGGAGCCAAAACUGACACCAGCAUGGUAGGAGGCAUUCCCUAGCAGUGCUGUGACGUAGCCCAGUGCCUGCUGUGCCUACACCUCGCUCCAGCCUGUACAUUCCCCUCUCACCAUCUCCCCGGCCUCAGGCGGGACAGCCCUGUGAUGCGGAGCUGCCAAAGACUCAGUCGAGCCAUAUGUUGCCUUUUUUUUUUUUUUUUUAAAAUUUAUUUAUUAUUUUUUGUUUAU